CGAGCGUUUGAGGAGCUCGGCCGCAGUACCACACUGAUACGCCUCCACUGAAGCCCGUCAGUCUCUCACCAAAGCUCUGAGCCAAUCAUGGAUUUUACUACCUGACUGGAUGUUUUUUCUGGACCUGACUUGAAGCUCAGACCCAAAACGUUGCUUUAAUCCAAGCACCGUUUCUCGCUGGGAUAGCGUGAGUGGCGGAAGACGGUUUCGUGGAUCUUGUUUUGUUCGGUUUUUUUAUUUCCUUAGGAUUUAUUUUGUAAAUCCAGCUAACGUCUGCUAGUCCUUCGCUCUCAUCAGUAACGUCUGUUGUUCACAUCAGCGCUGUUUGUUUCGUUUAUCUGAAACUGACGUUUGAGGUGUUUUCACCUUUUGUUGACACGUAUUGUGUUUUUUGAAGGUCGGUAAAAUUGUAACCGAUUUAUUUGACCUGCCUAUCACUUCAUAUCUGUAAAUGACACGCUGUAAACUACUUCCUUUUUGUGCCCACGUAUAUUAUUAUAAUAAUUUUUUUUAACUUUAAUUAGUUGUUAAAGUUACGUUAUGUGACUGAGAAUCAACCAGCAAAUAUAAAUGAAAGAUCCAUGUUCGUCUCUCCAGUUCCCUCUAAAUUCAGGAAACCCUUGUUUAUCUGAACUGGAGACUUAAAUACGAGUUUUUCUUUCUCAUAUGGACACCUUGACUAAUCUUGGGCUUCAACUUGUUGAUCUCUGUCUGUUUGGCUAGUUCAUGCUAGCUAGCCAUGUUCAAUCUGAACCACCAUUAACAGCCUCUAAUAACCAUCUUAUAAAUGCUUGUUCACUUCUGAAAGCCACUCUUCCACUUAUAUUUUCCCCCCGUUUUGGAGAAUCCCUGGUCAAAAAUGUCAAGCCGACCUCAUGGAGUAGGAGUUAUAGAGAAUUCAUCAGGACAGACCCACUCUGAUGCCAAAGGAGGAGGGCGUAGCAGUGUUUCGCGUGGCCGGAGUUUGGUUGCGUCAACGGCGGAAGAGCAGCCUCACAUAGGAAACUACCGGCUGCUGAAGACUAUUGGCAAGGGCAACUUUGCCAAGGUUAAACUAGCCCGACAUGUCCUUACCGUGAAAGAGGUAGCAGUGAAAAUCAUAGACAAGACACAACUAAACUCUUCUAGUCUUCAAAAACUUUUCCGAGAAGUGAGAAUCAUGAAGCUUCUGAAUCACCCAAACAUCGUGAAGUUAUUUGAGGUGAUCGAGACAGAGAAGACGCUGUAUUUAGUCAUGGAAUAUGCCAGUGGAGGCGAGGUUUUUGAUUACCUUGUUGCUCACGGGAGGAUGAAAGAAAAGGAAGCGCGUGCCAAAUUUAGACAGAUUGUCUCAGCUGUGCAGUAUUGCCAUCAGAAGUGCAUUGUACACAGAGAUCUCAAGGCUGAGAACCUUUUACUGGAUGCUGACAUGAAUAUAAAGAUUGCAGACUUUGGAUUCAGUAAUGAGUUUAAGGUGGGCAACAAGUUGGACACUUUCUGUGGAAGCCCCCCAUACGCCGCCCCUGAACUCUUUCAGGGCAAAAAGUACGAUGGGCCUGAGGUGGAUGUAUGGAGCCUUGGGGUCAUACUUUACACGUUAGUCAGUGGAUCGCUGCCUUUCGAUGGACAGAACUUGAAGGAGUUGCGUGAGCGUGUGUUGAGAGGAAAGUACAGGAUUCCCUUCUACAUGUCCACAGACUGUGAGAACCUGCUGAAGAAAUUUCUCAUCCUCAACCCCACAAAAAGGAUCAGUUUGGAGCAGAUCAUGAAGGAUCGCUGGAUGAAUGUGGGUCACGAGGAUGAAGAGCUGAAGCCCUUCAUCGAACCCAAGCCUGACUACAAAGACCCCAAGAGAACAGAUAUAAUGCUCCAGAUGGGUUUCUUUCAAGAAGAGAUUCAGGACUCCUUCAUCAACCAAAAAUACAAUGAAAUCAUGGCAACUUACCUGCUGCUCGGCUAUAGGAAUUCAGAGCUUGACGAGGGUGUCAACUUGUCACUAAAACCACACCCAGGAAGUGAUCUCACAAACAGUAAUGUCUCCUCUACGCCUCAUAAGGUACAGCGCAGUGUGUCAUCCACUCAGAAACCGGUCAGAAGGUCGACAGAUCAGAGCUCAUACUCGAAAAGGCCUCAGGGAGAAAACAAGCAUGCAGUGGAGGAUACUGGGAAGAAAGGUUCAAGUAGCUCCACCAAAGUUCCUCCCAGUCCUGUCAUAUCCAGUGAACGAAAAAAGAGCUCCACACCCUCCACUAAUAGUAUCCUGUCCACGGGCACAAGCCGCAGUAGAACAUCCCCCCUCUCUGAGAGAGCAACUCUGGGAGUCCAGAACGGCAAGGACAGCCUGAGCAUCCCCGGGUCCCGUGCCUCCACAGCCUCGGCCGGCCCCGUGCUCUCUUCAUCCUCCUCUUCCUCACGCACCCGCCAUCACAAGUCCCUCUCCACCUCCGCCCAUCCCUACCCCGCAGACCUGCACACACAACGGCCCAGUGAUCAACAACAGAGACCACCUGGUGCCUCCCCCUCAGCCCACAACAUUAGCAGUGCAGCUGGGACGGACCGUACCAACUUCCCAAGAGGGGUGCCCACACGCAACACUUUCCACCUCGGCCAGCAGAGGGGCGCACGUGACCAACAGGGUUCUCCGUACCAUGGAGCCCCCGCCUCCCCUUCCCUCUCACAUGGCAACAGCCAACAGCGACGACCUGCGGCUUCCGGCAUCUUCAGCAAGUUCACCUCUAAGUUUGUGCGCAGAAAUAUGUCAUUAAGAUUCACCAGAAGGAGCCCCUAUGAGGGAGAGGGUCAAGAGGAGGGGACCAGAUCUAUGCUCAGCAGUGCAGAGAAAUCAGAGAAGACCAGCGUAGGAGUGGAAGACGACAACAAGGACUCCUCCUCCUCCCCUGUGGGUGGGACCCCUCCGACCGUGCCCCUUUCAGCACUCAAAGACCCAACCAAGCCUCGUUCGCUUCGCUUCACAUGGAGCAUGAAGACCACAUCUUCCAUGGAGCCCGGUGAGAUGAUGAAGGAGAUCCGGAAGGUUCUGGAUGCCAACAGCUGCGAGUACGAGCUGCGAGAGUGCUAUAUGCUGCUGUGCAUGGCUGGCAACCCUGCCCGCGAUGACUUUGUUCAGUGGGAGAUGGAGGUUUGCAAGCUGCCUCGCCUCUCGCUCAACGGUGUGCGCUUUAAGAGGAUAUCUGGCACAUCUAUUGCCUUCAAGAACAUUGCUUCUAAAAUCGCCAAUGAGCUGAAGCUGUGAUGUAGAUGCAAGUGAAAAGUAGCAUUUUGAAGUGGUUAAAGAGUCUCAGAAUAGGGAUGAGUGUAAAAUAUAGCCACUUCUCAAACGCAAUGCAAACUGCUGGUAUGGGUAGGCAAGAUCAGUAGAGGAGUAAGAUCAGAUUCAUGCAAAUGGGGAAAAAUAGCACACUGGCCCUUCAAUCUUGCAUACCGAGGUCACAUUUAGGAAUUUUGGGCACUUCAGUCAAUUUAAACUCUGUUCUUGAGUCAUUGUCCUUGAUUGUCAUGAAUAUGUUCAAUACAGAAAGGCUACAAGUAUGCUAUUUGUAUUCAGCUGUUCUUGGCUCAGAGAAAAGAGUUGGUUGAUUUAUGAACUCAUUUUGGUCUUAAACCCCUCAUAAUCUUGGGCACAGACUAUUACCUAUUGGAGGAUAAACGCCAAACUUGAUAAGAGGGGUAGUCAUUAACUGUAAACCCCCAAGUGUGGGUGGAGGUGGGCUGUUUAGGAUGGUGGACUGAAUUUUUUUGCCCUUUAAAAAGAAAAGCAUACACAAACUUUCAGUAUAGUAUCUCUUCCUCUUAUUCUAUCAACAGGGUUACACCCUCACUAUUACUCCAUAAUCACUUGAUCAAUACUGAGAGGACUUUAAAUUGUGGUUAAGGUGAUUUUAAUUCUUAAUCGGCUGGGUUUAGAUUUUCUGCACUGGAAUUGGGUGUAUUUCUGUUGCCUUUAUUUUCUUAUAGAAAUGAAAUGUGCUUUAUUGUUGUAUUUACCAAUGAUUAUGUUUUAAUAUUAUUCUUAGGAUGAAAACAAAAAUCUGAUUUUUUAUUAUUAUUACUUGUGGUUUUGUGUUCUUGAUCAUACUAUGCCUGUGUUUAAAGAAUGUCAGAUACAAGGACCGUGUGACUCCCACCAAACUUUUCACACUCUUCCACUGCUUUGUCCCAAAGGAUAAGGAUAUGUUAUUUUAUUUUUAUUACUGGACUAAUAAGUCUAUCUGUGCAACCAAUCGUUCCCAUGCCAUUUUAGUGACUAAGGAACUGUCAAGCUCUUUUUCUCUGCAUCCACCACUUUUCAUCUCAACACCUGCCUGAUGUGGUUCAAGCCAAGAAAUUGCUUUGAUGGUAUACUCUUAAUGAAAAUAUGGAGUGAGUGAAUGUUAAUUUGUGUGUGAGAGAAAGAGAUUAUGAUAGUGUCGUAUCUGAAAAAACCAAAAGGCUGCAGAGCUUAAUAUUUACCAAUGCUAUAAAAAGACUAUAUUGGUACAUAGUCUUGGGACCAAUAUUGGCUAGGGCCCUAUAAAAUGGGUUUAUGUUAAUUCCAGUUUUUGGUUGGCAUUAUCAAUUUCACCAUUUAUCAUAUAUGUAAUUCUUUUAAAAGCUUAUCAGUAGUUCAAGCAGACAGGAAACAACCCGGCACUUUUGUAUGAGUGGAAUGAGUGUGUCUGCAUAGAAGCAUGAGACUAGGUGCUAGAGUGAAAAGUGUGUACAUGCUUGAAUGCAUCCUCUAGUUGAAAAUGGGAAUCAUUAUAAAUUCUGUCACCAGUUUGGGGACAACUCUGCACAUGUGUCUUUUAUAUCUUCAUAGGAAAUAAUCGUCUUUUUUUUUGUCAUGUAAGUUUCUUUUCUCAUUCAUGCUAGUUUGUUUUAGGUGCUGGGGAUCCAAUUAUCUUUAGGAUUGUCAUUUUUCUUUUUUUUUUACACUUUUGUCAUUGCUAUAAUUUUAUGAUUUGUGUCAGAUUCUUCACUGCUGUGUUAGUGGGAUUUGAAUGGAGAAAUACACAAAUGUUUUCUUUUCUUUCUGUGCAGUGAUGAUGAAUUAUGAUCAAUGAUAGUAAUAAAAACAAUUACAUUCAAGCUAGUUGUGUUGAAACCGAUGUAACAUGUCCUGGCUCUAAGUAUACCAGAUUUGUGGUAUCCCUAAAUAAUGAUCUAAUUACUGCAACUUAUUUCAUUGCAAAUUGAAUAUUACCUUGAAAUAUUUAUUUGUAAUUGGUAUACAGUAACCAGUGUUGGGUGUAAUCUGAUUAAAAAUAAUUACUGUAAUCUAACUCCUUUUUGGGAGAGAAAAAGUGCAACAUUACAUUUUAAAUUCUUGUAAUCUGAUUACAGCUACUGAUUUUCAAUUAAAUUAUCUUUACUUAGGUUACACAUAUUUUAAUUAUAUUUUUGUAGAAUACAUUUAAAACAAAUUAUGUUCAUAUGUACAUCUGUUUUCAUUUCUGUGACAGCUGAAGAGUCACUAAUGAGCCAUUGUGUGGUAGAGAUGUGCAGUGAUGAGUGUUUGCUUUACAUGCAACAAUAAACGUAGCAAAUAUAGACAUUAUUUGU